UGAACGUACAAAUUGAGUUUCUACUUUAAUGACAUAGAAUAAGUUGUCUGAAUCGACCUGACGGCUAAAUCGAUCGGUAAAUGACCGACGGGGACUAUACCGCUAGGGCUGCGAAAACAAAACUGCUAGAUAAUAGGGGACGGUUGGGAGGCUCGGGAAUACCGAGUGACCAUCUACCUCCACGACCUAAAAUAUUGCUUAUCGUCUUGCGGGCUGUCGCUUAAUCAGUCCACCCGAAUUGUGCGGCGCUCGUAAAUAAUUCGCGAUCUCGUCGCCGGUGGUGUUAAACCGUAUAUCGGUGUGUACCUAGCACCAUGAACCAUGCAAUCUUGAUCAUCCACGACAAUACGGGCGGAUAACUGUCGGCGUCUCGCCAACCGCGAGGGAACGGCUGAGCCUGGCCAGUGUACACACUAGCGCGCAUUCCAUCCAUACUCAUGCACCGAUGCCCUUGGGUUCAACAGCUCAAUGAAAAAUUGCAUACACACGGCAUGCAAUGAAGUCUACGGGUCUUGAGCUUGAUCCUUCUAGUGCAGCUCGGGGUUACUCGUCACGGGGACGCUAUAGUAGCUAAUACCUCUGAACCUAUCGUUUUUCGAAGGAUAUGUACACCCUAGUCUCGAUACGUGGCUGAGCCGCACUGAAAUGCCCCCGUCCUCCUAACCAACCAUUUAAGCGCCUUACCUACCAAUAUAUAAUGGACAUAGCUUGAGAGGACAGCAAAGCAACAGCCACACUAUAGCCUCAUUCCUGAAUGUCAUGGCAGGCUCAGUGGCCCUGGGGGUACAUAAAAUGGGUCAUCCCCCGCCGCUGCUUCGAACUGCCGGAUUCCAUCAUCUGUCUUUCAAAGCUCUUGGACUGACCUUUACGGUCCUAUAAGCGUGUUCUCAACCUUCAUACGCCGUCUUUUUGUCAAACAUCACCAACCCUGUCCAUUCCCGCUGACGACCUAAUCCGCCCUCGCUCGCUAAACUCUCAAGAAGGGCAUCUACAACCUUUGUCCAUUUGUUUAUUAUCAACAUGGUCGAUGCAUACCGUUUUCCGGUAGCAGAUCUUCAAAUUCUGGCGCAGGAGUGGUUUCCCUCCCUCUCCCCUGACGAAGCUUACAUUGCACUUCACCACGAACUGCUCAUAAAGUAUCCUACCGAAGUGGCGAAAACCGUUGGCAUGGACGGUUUAGAGCUGCUGUAUCUCGCCGUAGCGAAGCGCGAUAUUCUUAGCCUGAUCCGCGUUGGUCGUCUUAGUAUGAAGCUAGCACAUCGCUUCAAGGACGUCCUUGAAUCUCCCCCGGCCAACGCCCAGCCUCUACUCAACGCUCUCGCCCCAAAUCUCGGUCCUGUCUUGCCUCAGUCCAGCGCAGGGACACUCAAGGACUUAUCCUUAGUUUCUCCUGGUCCUUCAAACUCGGCUGCUGUUGGCUCCGAGACAGUGGCGCCCAGCCUCAAGGGUGAUAAUGUGAAGAAUGGUCCGGUGGCGAUGACGGAUAGCUCUGUAGCGCAAGCCAAGAGCAGCACCGUGCCUGAACCAUCAUCCCUUAGUCGCAUCGACUAUCUCGAAUGCUGGAACGCUUCACUUAAAAUAAUCCAGGUCGCCCAAGCCCAGCAGGCAAUCGAAGCAUUGAACGUUAUCGCCGGUCAUCUCGCAGAUAGUAACUGCAUCGCUGAAUGUGGUGCCGGUGGCCCUAACGGGUUCGCCCAACCUGUCUACGACUUUAUCAAAAUGAAGAUCAAUCAAACUGACGUGAAAGACCGAGAGAAUCAUCUUUUCUUCGUGUACCACAAUUCCACGGACUGGCAUCCGGCGUUUGACCGAUUGACCACAGCGCACCCGCUCCCACCAGAGUUUGUGAAUAAACUUGGCAAUAACCUCGACCACAUUUGUUUGUUCAUGCGUGAAGUCAGACAGAAGUUAAUGGACAAAGACCAAGAGAGGGCGAAGGCUAUUGUUUUCCAUCUGCUUAUUCCCUCGUGUUCGGAAUUACAGAUCAAGGAGCCGCUGCAUUUCCCCGAGGACCUCUACCCUCUCCAGGUUGAGGGUAUGACGUACAAGGGCGCUGCCCAGGUCAAGCUGAACCUACCAGCAGCCCCUGCUACUCUUUUACAUGACGUUGCGAAUAUUCUAGACCCGAACCACUGGAACGCAAUAGCACAAGGAACUAGCGUCGCCGUAGGAGCGCCAGUAUGUCUCUGGGGCAUUCCUGGCGGUCUUACCGCUUUGGGUUUUGGGUUAGGCCUCUUUACAGGACCGGUUGCGCUCAUUGCUUUCUCGAUAGUGAGUCUCCCAUCGGGAGGCUAUAUGUUUGCAAAGUCAGUUGGACCAUCCAUCUAUGACACCAUAUGUGAGGAGGCGCCGAGGAUCUUAGGGUCCAAGGAGCUGUUGCUUUCGGCAAGAAGUCGGUUAUAGAGAGGAUGGAAAAGGAAGAUAGUGUGAUCAUGUUGACUUAGGUUGCCAGAUACCAGAUUUUAUGCGCCAUACAUGUUUGUUCUAGCACAUUAGAUAGAGGAUGAUUGUUCUAAGUCUUUGUUUCUUAAAAGCGUCAUCCCGCUUUCUUGUUGAUAAUUAUACACCAGAAACUUUAUUUCGCG